AUGUCGGUCUGCAAUGAUGGCGUCUUUACGCCCGUCUCCAAUUGCCGCUUCUUUGACUUCACCGUCACUUUCUCCAACGCCAUCUUUGUCAUCUUGCCCUCGUGCAUCGCCAUCCUACUCAUCAGCGCUAGGCUCAUCCAUAUCCGCAACAAGCCCGACGUCCCCACUGCUUCCGCACAGCCUCACCUCUCGCUCUUGCGCUCGUGUGCUCCUCAUUCGGAUCCCAUCAGUCUCUUCGGCGCCCUUGUCUACGUUUCUAAUGCGGUCCUCAGCCUUGCGGCUGUCGCUAUCUUGGCGUCACCCUCCUCUCAUUUGCUUCGAGAUGCCAUGGGCGACCGCACUGGCAUAGCCAGCGUAGUCCUUUUCUUCCUGACCUCGCUCCUUGCCAUCCCACUCUCAGUUGCCGAGCGCAGAAAGACUCGCGGCGGUAACAUGAUGCUUCCUCUCUGGCUUUUCUCCUCUCUGCUCUUCGAUGCUUGCCGCAUCCGCACCUUCAACGCCAUCCCAGCCAUCCGCCACUCGUCCUUCUUCUACGUCUAUGUGAUUGCGUUUGCCUGUCAGGCUAUGAUGCUCACCGUCGAAAACGCAAAGGGCAUCCGCAGCAUCGACGUCAACUCGACCCAUGAAUCACGAGCCAGCUUCUUCUCCCGCCUCUUUUUCCUCUGGGUCUUUCCCAUGUUGUGGAACGGUUACCGCAAGCCACUCGAGAUGGGAGACCUCGAUGCGCUCAAGCCCGAGUUCUAUGGACGCUCUCUCGCCGAAAAGUUCAUCGCCAGCUGGUCGGGCGUCCCUACACCGUCGACACAGGCGUCGUCCGUCCCUGAGCAGCUUGCUGCCGACACGAGUGUUGACCUCAAGCACAGUCUCUCGCGAUCCAGCACCGAAGCAUAUCCAUUACAGAAGCUUGCUUCGCAACACGCCAUCACUUCCCCGCCAUCACCUGCACCAGCAAUGCUCUACAACGGCAGGUCCUUCCCAAAGAGCAACGCCAACCGAGGUCUCCUCUGGGCCACCCUCCGCGCCUAUCCACUGGCUGCGCUGCUUCCAGUGCCUUGGAAGUUGCUCCUCACUGCAUCUGAGCUUGCUCAGCCCCUGCUGGUCCCAACCACGCUCGCCUUCGUUCAAUCCUACUCCGGUUCCGUCAAGGGCCAGCCCGUUACGCCUCAACCCACUGUCUACGGAUGGGGGCUUGUCGGCGCGUACGCGUUUGUCUACCUCGGCCAAACUGUUGCCACCGGCCAGUAUUGGUACGCUGUUUCCCAGCUCAUGUGCAAGAUCAGAGGAGGCUAUGUCGAGGCCAUUUACCGUAAAGGUCUCAACUUGCACGUCAGGACCGCGCGAACGAGCGGUGGCGGAAAGGCUGCCAACCUCAUGAGUGUAGAUAGCGAGCGUGUCGUCAAGUCGAUCGACAUCGUACACGAGCUUUGGAGUGGAGUCAUCACCAUCGGCGUAGGUGUCUACCUUCUGUACACCCAGCUCGGCCUUAUUUUCUUUGCUUCCAUGGCGUCGGUAUUCGUUUGUUUCCUCCUCACCCCUCUCACAAGUCUAGGUAUUGGCACUAAACAGGGUGUAUGGAGCGGACUGACCGACAAACGAGUCAACUUGACCUCCAGUGUCACCUCCGACAUCAAGGGUGUCAAGUUCUCGGCCUACGAGGACAUCCUCCACGAAAAGAUCUGCAAAGUUCGCGCCGAGGAGCUCGUCAAGCGCAGCAGCAUGAUGAAGCAGCUCACAGGCGUCGUCGUCUUCACCAACUGCACUGGUGAGCUGCUUGGCCUCUCGACCUUUGUCACUCUCAUCCUCGUCGACAGGCUGAGCGGCUCGAACCGAUUCGAUCUCAACACCAUUUUUACGACGCUCACCGUCUUUAACAUCCUUCAGAACCCCCUUCUCUCGAUCGGUCAGCAGUACUCUGCCCUCCUCCAGGCCUGGGCCAGUAUGCAGCGAAUCGAAGAGUUUCUGAAGAGCCAAGACAGGCCCGACGUCCAGGAUGCCGUCGAUCAGGGCAUCGCCAGUCACGCCGCUACUGCCGACUUUGGAGAGGCAUCAGUCGGCUACGCCGCCAAGUUUGAGAACGCCGAUCUCGGCUGGGCUGACGAGGUUGUUCUUGCCAACGUCAACAUCGAGAUUCCGGUCGGUGCUCUGACCAUGAUUUGCGGUCGCCUCGGUCAAGGCAAAUCGACACUGUUGCAGGCUAUUCUUGGUGAAUCGGAUCUCAUCAAGGGCCGACAGCAACUGCCGCUGCUUGCCAAUCGCAUUGCCUAUGUCAGUCAAGACGUGUGGCUGCAAGAGAAGCGAUCCAUGCGCGAGAACAUCAUCUUCGCAACGGGCGAGUACGACGAAGAGCGAUACAUCACUGCUCUCCGCGCAUGCGCUCUGACGGAGGACAUUGACAGCUUGCAAGAAGGCGAUUCCACAAUGGCGAGUGCCCUUAGCGGCGGACAGCGCCAAAGACUUGCCGUCGCUAGGGCCAUCUACAGCGAUGCUGAGGCAUUCCUGUUUGACGACAUCACCAGCGCGCUGGAUGCAGAGACGGCGGCGCACUUGUGGCGAUCGCUCAUGGGCCCUGCUGGUCUUCUCACCGGAAAGACUGUGGUCAUGGCCACCAAUGCCGUCCACCUCCUUCACCAUGCUCAUUUCAUCGUUCGGAUUGACGCGGGUAAAAUCGCCGAACAAGGUCGAUACGAGGAUCUGUCCAUCAAGGGCAAAGACGCCAUUUCGCGCGCCAGCCUCGACUCGCAGAGAGCCAUGCCCUCCCAGGAGCAGGCGAAAGAUCAUGCAAUCAAGACGGGCGCGCCCGAAAAGCAGGAAGCCGUCAUGACCGGCUCUGUCGGAUGGAAGGUGUACGCCUCUUGGUUUGUUGCGGCUGGUCUUGGCAAGGUGACCGUUUUCGGUUUACUUGCUGCAGUGGGUGCUGCGGCGCAGGUUGCCCCAUCGUACUACCUGCAGGCAUGGGCUGAAGCUCAACAGAGGCACCGCUUCCAGGAUUGGGGCUCUUGGCUAGGUGGCUAUGCGGCGAUCAUCCCGGUGAACCCUGUCGUGCUUGCUAUUGGGUUCUGGAUCUUCCAAGUCAAUUGUGUAGAGUCGGCGGGCAACAGGCUGCACGCCGCUCAACUCAAGGGCGUAUUCUCGGCGCCGCUUUCGUUCUUCAGCAAGUGGACUUCGGGGCAGAUCUUGAACCGCUUCUCGCAGGAUGUGUUCAAUGUCGACCAAACCUUGACCAACGCGCUCACCAACGCGGGCUACAUUACGCUCUCGCUCUUGGGAUCGAUCAUCACCAUGGUGAUUCCUGCACCUUAUCUGGCUGUAUUGGCGGUGGGACUGAUUGCGGCGUCGGUGGCCAUGCAGCGACUAUACAUGCCUUCGAGUCGACAGCUUCGCCGUCUCGAGAUGGCAGCCAAGAGCCCGCUAUAUUCGCUCUUCUCGGAAACGUCUUCGCCUUCGGGCCUAGCAACAGUGCGCGGCCUGAAGCGUGAGGCGGCUCUGUUGGAUCUCAACACUCGAUCAUUGGAUCUGUCCCAGACGCCAUACUACCACCUGUUUGUGGUGCGACGUUGGUUGCAGACGUGGCUGCUGUCCCUGACCACGAUCAUCAACGUGGUGCUGGUGCUGCUGGUUGUGGUGCUGCGUCACUCGUCUAAGGCAGGUCUGCUUGGUGUCGCGCUGGUGCAGGCGACCAGCAUCGGCCUUAUGCUGAACCUCACAAUCAUCAGCUACACCGAGGUGGAGAUUGCGGGUGUAGCAUUGGAGCGUAUGCGCGAGUUCACUGAUCUGGAGCCCGAAGAGCGUGCUGCUACGGCAACCAAGAAGGAGGGCGAGGAAGACAGCGAAGCGGCAAGCGAACCUGCGAUUCGAGGCGAUAUCGAGUUUGACCAGGUGACCGUCUCGUAUUCGGCCGAUCUGGAGCCUGCAGUGAAGGAGCUCAGUUUCAACCUUGUCGCUGGUCAACGGUUAGGUUUAGUGGGUCGAUCUGGGUCGGGCAAGAGCACGACGCUUCUUGCGUUAUUCCGUAUGAUCGAGAUGCGAUCUGGAGCGAUUCGUAUUGACGGCCAAGACAUUGCCAGGAUUCCGGCGCGCAAGCUACGUUCCCAGAUGACGAUCGUCCCACAAAGCCCGCUGAUCCUCGCCGCUACGAUCCGCGAGAACCUUGACCCGGAGGGUGUUUGCACCGAGGACGAGUUGUGGGACGCGCUGCACAAGUGCCAUCUGGCCGAGUUUGUCAAGAAGCAGGAGAACAAGCUGGACGAGAUGCUUCUGACGGGCGACACGUUUAUCAGCACGGGUCAAAAGCAGCUGCUGUCGCUAGCUCGCGCGUUGCUGCGUAAGCGUAGAAUCUUGGUGCUGGACGAAGCUACGAGUGCUAUGGACAUGGAAACGGAUGCAGCGGUUCAGAACGUGCUCAGCAAACACUUCGCCAACACUACCGUCAUCGCUGUGGCUCACAGGAUUGCUACGGUUAUCGACUUUGACCAGAUCAUCUGCAUGUCGGCAGGUCGUGCUGUCGAGACCGGCAGCCCCGAGGAGCUGCUGAAGCAGCGCGGAGAGUUCUGGGCGUUGGCAGCCGAGCAGAAGUGCGUGUGA